AUGAAAUCGGUUACCAAAUGGUUGAAAGGGUUCUGUGGUAACCACAUCCCAGAGGUAGCAGCGCUACGAGUGCCCUGCCCUGUUGACCCCUCCCAGUACGCUCCUCCCUCUUCACUCCCAUCCUGCACUCGUUCUCCUCCCCCCCUCCCUCUCCUCCCCUCUCUCUCCUCCUCCACACAUUAUCCUCCUCCUCACACUCUCCCCAUCCCCUCACUCUCCCCCUUUCCACACUCUCCCCUUCCCUCCCUCUCAUCCCGUCCCUUCCCUGCCGCAUUGCAUCGCACCUGCAUGAGCGUGCAAUCAGUGCCUUUUUCGGUCAUGCCUACCCUCAUUGACUGCAAUUGCAUUGCCCAAUGUCGUACUACCCGCACCAUACUGGCAUCGGAGGUCCAAUCACACGUUGCCAAGUGUCCAGCAGCCGUGCAGAGGGGGUUGACAGAAGGAGCAGCGUACUUCAAGGGCGGCCUCAAUGCAAGAGGGCCGCCACUAGCGCCUGUGCUUGGCGGCCAGGGCACGGCUGCAUCCGCCUCUGCAGGCGUGCGAGUGCAAUCAGCAGCAGCGAGCAGGAGGCAGAUGGUGGCGGCGUUGGGGGAAGGAGAGUGGCGGCGCCUGCUGCACCUGCUGGGGGAGGCACACGCCGUGGCGUUUGGGGGGCACGGUGGCUUGCGUCUCCCUCCCCUGGCCGCCCUGGGAGAAGCCGAGGCUGCAGGCACGGUUGCUAGUGCGCAGGCAGCAGCAGCAGGGGCAGUACAACCACCGCCACCAGCAGCUGAAACAGGAGCAGCAGGAGCAGCAGCAGCAGGAGGAGCAACAGCAGCAGCAGCAUCGGCACCAGCAGCAGGAGCAGCGCCAAUGUUCACUCUGCAGCAGUCGGUGCUGUGGCUUCUUGCAUGCGAUGCAUGGGAGCAGACUGCUAGAGACAUAGGGGGGUGA